AGCAACAACUCCGUCUCCACCUCCUGCCUGGGAGGAGACUGACUGCACGGUGCGCUCUCCGGAUCUGACUGGCGUGUGGCACUGUGGCUAUAGGAAAGCGUGUGAUCAACAGCAGCGCCGGGAUCUCCUGUCUGUCACCAUGCGCUGGCCGAUGCUCCGCCGCCUGUACCACAGCCUGCUGCCCGGCCAUGGAUGCCCGAGGCGGUCAUUAUCCUCAUCAUUCCCGGUGUGGCGCGGUGCCCAGGAGCUGCACGGAAACAUAGUUCAUCGCUCAAAAGAUACGUUCAGCAGUAUACAAAAGCAAAAUGCGGCCUUUAAGCCUGUUCUUGCUGUAAUUCAGGCAAGUGUGGAUGACCUAACUUUGCAGGCAACUAAAAACUUCGCACAAGAGCUUGGUGUAGAUAUCCUUCAUGUACGUUUGCCCCAAAGGACCAGUGAAGCUGAGAUUAUUGAUGAAAUCUUGAAACUUAAUGAAGAUCCAAAAGUGCACGGGCUGGUUCUCCAUUUGGCUGAACCCAGUGUUAGAGUACUUAAUGCAGUGAGACCGGACAAAGACGUGGAUGGUGUCACUGAUGUCAACUUGGGGAAGAUGGUCCGUAGCAAUGCUGAAGAAGGCUUUAUUUCCCCUACAGCCAGUGGUGUCAUAGAACUGAUAGAACAAAUGGCACAUGGCUCAUUAGAGGGGAAAAAUGUGUUGAUUGUCGGAGCUGAUGGUUCCCUGGAGGCUCCCCUGCAGUGUCUGCUACAGAAGAGAGGUGCACUGUCCCAUGUUAGCUCCUGGCAGUCGCAGCAGCUGCAGACCAAGCUUAGUGCAGCUGAGAUUGUCGUUAUUGGGAGUACAAAACCACAAGAGAUUCCAGUCAGUUGGAUAAAGCAAGGAACAAUUGUUGUCUUUUCAGGUGGCUCUGAACAGAGCAGUGAUGGAUUAGUUGGCCAAGCUGUAGGACCACUAGCAGCAGCUCGAAGACUGGAGAAUCUUGCAGAGAGCAGUAAAAGAUGGUUUGAUGCUCAAAAGUACAAGAAUUGGGAUCUUCGUUGUUUAAAGUUACAGCCAGUCUCUCCUGUUCCUAGUGACAUUAUGAUUUCCCGAGGACAGAGUCCAAAAGCGGUCAAUGUGCUUGCCAAGGAGGUAGGAUUGCUUGCAGAUGAAAUUGAGAUGUAUGGCCGCUCCAAAGCCAAAGUACUUCUGUCUGUUCUAGAGAGGUUAAAGGAGCAGCCAAAUGGGAAAUACGUCUUAGUUGCUGGGAUAACGCCAACACCACUUGGGGAAGGAAAAAGCACUGUUACCAUUGGGCUGGUACAAGCCCUGACCGCACAUAAAAAUACCAAUUCUUUUGCAUGUCUAAGACAGCCUUCACAAGGUCCCACUUUCGGAGUCAAAGGUGGAGCAGCUGGAGGGGGCUAUGCUCAAGUUAUACCGAUGGAAGAGUUUAACUUGCACUUAACUGGUGACAUCCAUGCAAUCACAGCAGCCAAUAAUUUGCUGGCAGCUGCCAUCGAUGCUAGGAUCCUGCAUGAGAACACUCAGUCGGACAAGGCUUUAUAUAACCGUCUUGUGCCUUCCAUUAAUGGAGUGAGAAACUUUUCUCCAAUUCAGAUUGCUCGUUUAAAGAAAAUUGGUAUUAACAAGACUGAUCCUGGAUCACUGACGACGGAAGAGAUUAGCAGAUUUGUACGCCUUGACAUUGACCCUUCUACAAUAACUUGGCAAAGAGUGUUGGACACAAAUGAUAGAUUUCUUAGAAAAAUCACCAUUGGAGAAGCAAACACAGAAAAAGGGUUUUCACGGCAGGCCCAGUUUGACAUUGCAGUGGCAAGUGAAAUCAUGGCUAUACUUGCCUUAACAGACAGCCUGCAUGAUAUGAAGGAGAGGUUUGGGAGGAUGGUGGUAGCCAGUGACAAGAAAGGACAGCCGGUGACUGCAGAAGAUUUGGGUAUCACCGGUGCCUUGGCAGUACUAAUGAAGGAUGCUAUAAAGCCAAAUUUGAUGCAGACUUUGGAGGGAACACCAGUGUUUGUCCACGCAGGGCCUUUCGCUAACAUUGCACAUGGAAGUUCCUCCGUAUUGGCAGACAAGAUAGCCUUGAAACUAGUGGGAGAAAAUGGCUUUGUGGUGACAGAGGCUGGUUUUGGUGCAGACAUUGGCAUGGAGAAAUUCUUCAAUAUUAAGUGCAGAGCCUCAGGCUUGGUUCCCAAUGUGGUGGUUCUUGUGGCUACUAUUAGGGCUUUGAAGAUGCAUGGAGGAGGACCCAAUGUUACUGCUGGGGCUCCACUAGCAAAAGAGUACAUAGACGAGAAUCUCCAGCUGGUUCAGGAUGGCUGCUGCAAUUUACAGAAGCAGAUCCAGAUUUCUCAGCAGUUUGGUGUUCCAGUUGUGGUUGCGUUAAAUAUUUUCAAAACGGACACUCAGGCUGAGAUUGACCUAGUCUGCAAAAUUGCCAAACAGUCUGGUGCAUUUGAUGCUGUUCCCUGUAAUCACUGGUCAUUCGGAGGCAGAGGAGCUCUUCAGCUUGCAGAAGCUGUGAUGAAAGCUGCAAGUCAAGAUACUAACUUCACAUAUCUGUACGAUUUGGAGCUUCCCAUUGUGGAGAAGAUCCGAGCCAUCGCACAGAAGGUGUACGGUGCUGCAGACAUUGAGCUAUCACCCAAAGCCCAAUCAAAGAUUGAGGUCUACACACAACAGGGUUUUACUAAACUUCCAAUAUGCAUGGCCAAGACCCACCUGUCUCUGUCACAUCAGCCUGAGAAGAAAGGAGUACCUACAGGAUUCACUCUGCCCAUUAGUGAUGUGCGAGCCAGUAUUGGUGCUGGGUUCAUCUUUCCUCUGGUGGGAACUAUGAGUACCAUGCCAGGAUUACCAACAAGACCUUGCUUCUAUGACAUUGACCUAGAUCCUGACACUGAAGAAGUGAAAGGACUGUUCUAAACAAUCCUCAGAAUUCCUGACUGCCUGCGCCUGGAAUCUCUGUGUGAAUCCAAAGAAUGCUUACUACUUAAUUUUCUCUACGCCAACUGGACCCACCAGGAAACCGCAGUCUCUUUAAAUUCACAUGUUCUCUUUCUAAGAACUGAAAUGUUAAAUGUGAGUCUACAGGGACAAAGGACGAUGCUUCCCUCAUACAGGAUUACAAAACUUUAAGUAUCAAGUUUACCCCUAAAAGAAGAAUCCUAUUUUUCCCCAUGGGCUCUCCCCUAAACCUUAAAAAUUACACGCUGUUUGCUGCUAAAUACAACAAAGCCACCGUGGGUACCAUUUGGAAUUAGAUUAAUCCUUUUGAAUUGGUUUUUUUUUACGUUUGCACAGUAUGUUUCUUUUGUCUUGUGUUUUUAUUUUUGUGUGAUAUCUAUUCAAAGAUUUAACAUUGCUUUUUUUAGACGCAUUAAAGUUUAGUAAGUAUUGUCACACAUAAUACAUAGAUGUUAGUUACUGAGAUAUCUAACCAGGGUCUUAUAUUUUGUAUACUAUUUUAACAUGGUACCUAUUAAUCUUUGGAUUAGUUGGUUAAAACAAAAUCAUGCAGCCAUUUCAGCUUCAGUAGAUCCUAUCGGGUAGAUGACCGGCAUUGGGGGGACAUAAUGAUGACAAUUAUGUGGAAUCAGUAGUCAAGUGCCUUAAGUAACUUCAAGGUUAACUCCAAGUCUAGGUAGGGAUCAAAAACCAUGGUGCAUAUGAUGUAGGUCUAGUUUCAAUUGAUGCAACUGCAUUUCUUGGUUUCGAUAACUGUAACAGUGGAGGAACUGUAUCAAACCUUGGAGAGAGAUGAAGUACUAACCAAUCGGCUCCUAUCUCAGUUUACAGACUGUGUUUGAAAAUAGAGUUAGGAGUUGAUUGGUCGGUAUUUUGCUGUUACUGUACAUUUGUGUAACAAUAUUGUGUUAAGACACUCAAUACUUAGCGAUGUAGUAAACUAUAUUGCUCAUUUUCCCCCUCCUGAGUGAUAUCAUUUACUAUAUCGCCCAGUGUGUAUGCAGCUGACGAUGGCCAAUGCGCGGCCUCAAUUUUGAUUCAUCUUCCAAAGCUGCAUGCUCCAUCCGGCCACGGCAUGACAUCACUGCGAUAUCGCACAGUGUGUAUGCCCGCCAUCAGGCGACCUGGGCCAGGAGGGGACACACUAGGCAAUGUCGCUCACGGAGCACAUCACCUAGUGUGUACCCACCUUUAGGCUUUUACAAGGACAAUAUAAACCAUACAAUUGCAACUUUAAUUUGUAUUUUAUUUUACCCAAAGUACAAAAUAACUAGCUGAAAACUUGUGCCUUUUAUAUUUGGUUUUACACCUGUGCUUAACAUAUAUAAAAGGUAGAAAUUAUUAGAAAUAAAAGAAAUCUUUUAUCACGUG